GAGCUGUCAGCACAGAGCUAUUUGUUGGCCACUUGGUUUUUGGCAAGUGUCUUGGAAUCAUUUGCGGUGUUUUCUGCUUACGGGUCGCUCCGCCUCUCGCGGGACUAAUUGGAAUGAGGUAGUGGCACAAAACAGAGCAGGGGUUGGCUGUUUAGGGCUCAGACUAUCUGAUGAUUACCAGGACUUGAGGUCUGGGUACAAGGCAGCCUGGGUGUUAAGAAACUCCUGACUAGGAGAUUCCAAGUUUGUAAUGACCUACAUCAUUACACAAAACUUGCCCAUGUUCUAAAAACUUGAUUAGCCUCAGGAGGGAAGGGUGAAAGUUUUUCUGGCUUUUCCUUGACUGCAUCCCCAGGGUUUCUCUGAAUUUGACAAAUGUAGUUUCUUAGAGAAUAACUCGCCUUGGGACAGACAGUAGAAGGAAAGAAGGAGAGAGAGAGAGAGAGACAGAGGAGACAACAGGGCUUCCACAGCACUGUUAUCACUGGACUUUUCCUUAAGUGCUCAUAUGAAGACAGUUUUCUCUUGCACUGAGAGUGAGGACAGCACACAGAGCAUGCUCUGCCCUAGUCAGGCAGGAGGUAGCCUGGGCUGAUCCCUGGAGAGCUGUAGGAUUUUCCAGGUCAGUCUCUUUCUCUAGAGGUGAGUGUCUGCUCGGGGCUCCCCUCUGCGAAGGAGAGUAAGAGAGGAUCAGCAUGGGAAGUUCUGGGCUUCAUUGCUGUCUAAAAUGAGGACACCUUCCCUGGAGCAUGAACAGUAGGCUAGGGGAGCCGCAUAAUGGAGGAGCUCAAAUCAAAUCCUCCCUCCACAGCAGAGAGCAUAUUCAGCUCUUUUCGGUACUUGUGAUAGACACAGCUCUCUGCUCUGACCUAAGACUCUGCUCUCUCAUUUGUCCUUAUUUCUUGUUUUUGUAAUCUGGCCAUUGUGUAGGGGAUCUCCAGGGAGAGGACCACAGCUUGACCAGACAAUGCCUUAGUAAAGAGUGAAGAGAGACUAUUUUAUAACAAGAGGAAAAGCAGAUCAGGGUGGAUAGUUUUUGCUCAUUCACUGACACGUUUGAACAAAUGUUUCGAAUAAAUAUUAAAAGAGCACAUACUUACCCUGUGUCAGACUCUGUUCUUGGCACUGGAGAUGUGAGAGUGAACAAGAAAGACAAAAGUGCUUCAAUAUCAGCUAUUGAUGAGAGCCAGUAAGAAGAAAAUCCCACCAAAUAAGAGGGUAAAAUGUGAGGCACUUUUGCUGUUUUAGAGAGGAUGAUUGGAGAGGGCCCCUGGGUUGGAGACAUUUGAGCAAUGACCUGCAUGUGUGAGGGAAGGAGCCCAGAUUUACUGACCAGAUCAGUGUGAGCCUUUUGGGUGUUUUCUGACACUUUUCCAUAUUUGUAGGUCUCUGGAGAAAGCAGGAGGACACAGACAGCAGAUAAUCUCUGGGGACUUCUCCAAGGUUCUCUAUAGGAUGCAGACCAUGGCUGGUUGGAAAUAGACACAGACUGCCUUUUGGGAGGUCUUAUCUCCUUGCUGAAACUAGAGAUUUGAGACAUGGGGAAGGCAGAGGGUGUUGCUUGUUUUCUUGUUCCCUGGUGCCAGGGUGGAGAUUAUACAGGACAGAUGGGAGUUGGGGAUAAAAGUCCCAGCCCCCUCUUUACUCCUCUGGACUCCUACUCCCUGGUGUCCUCUGGUGUCAGAAGGAACAAUCUCAGAGCUACAAGUUUCCAACUGGAAGCUAAUGAGGUUCUUCCUACCAGGAAGAACAGUCGCCGAAAUGAGAGACAGAGAUGGCAUUCAUGAUAAGAAUAAGGAGGAAAAAAGUGGAUAAUCCACUUCAGGGAGUCAGCUCCCCAGAAGUCAGGGAAAGACUCCGUGCUUUGUUUCGAAAUAGCUGUUAUCUUAUGACAGUUUUCUGGGUAGACCCACCACCCUGCCGGCUGGCUCUACUGAUGGGCUGAAAUGAUGAUACAGGUAGCCGAAGCAAGAACUGUAAGUGGACAGAAGUUAAAUGGAGCCCACAUUCAGAGGAGAUGAAGGAAAUAUGUAAACGUAUCUGGGUGGGAUUGGCAAGAUUUUGUAGGACAUGGACGUAAGAGACAGAGAAGAAAUCGUAGGGCAUUUAGGGUGGAAGCAUUGGUGGCAUAAAUGAACACACUGUGGUCAGGGAACUGGACAGGGUGGCAGGUCAGAGCAGAGAUGGAGGCAGGAUGAUGAUGAAUUGAAAGACAAGAGUGCCUACAGGGGUGGGUGGGCUUUCAAGCCUAGGCUGUGGUGUUAGUGACUAUUGCUCAUCUUCUUGCAUAUAUAUGUUUAUUUUCAUAUGUAUUUUCUUCAUAAAACAUUCAACAUCAGCCUUGUACAGCAAAUAGUGGAAGAUGAACCCGCUUGGUCAUGAUGCAGCCUAAGAGCAGAGAUGAUAUUUCCUCCACCUGGGAAUAGCUUUAGUCCUGUGAAAUUAGAAGGCUGUGAACUCUCCUUUGUUCCCUAGAUUCCAUAAAGAACAAGAGCACAGGACUAAAUGUUGAAGAAUUAUUCUAGCGCCACUGAAUUUUAUCUACUUGGCUUCCAUGGCUCCAAAGAACUACACGAUAUUCUUUUUGCCACUUUCUUCUUUCUCUACUCAGUGACAGUCAUGGGGAACAUGGUCAUCAUUGUGAUUGUCUGUGUUGAUAAACGUCUGCAGUCCCCCAUGUAUUUCUUCCUUCGCCACCUCUCAGUCCUAGAGAUCCUGAUCACAUCGGUUGCUGUCCCCUUAAUGCUCUGGGGGCUGCUGCUUCCAGGGAUGCAGGCAAUGUCUUUGACAGCCUGUAGUGCACAAUUAUAUUUGUACCUCUCUUUGGGUACGUCGGAGUUAGUAUUAAUUGGAGCAAUGGCUGUGGACCGUUAUGUGGCUGUCUGUAACCCUCUGAGGUACAACAUCAUUAUGGACAGCCACACCUGCAUCUGGGUGGUCAUUGUGUCAUGGGUGUUUGGGUUCCUAUUUCAAAUCUGGCCAGUCUAUGCCACAUUUCAGCUUACCUUCUGCAAAUCAAAUGUGAUAGACCAUUUUUUAUGUGACCGAGGGCAACUGCUCAAACUAUCCUGUGAUGAUAGCCUUUUCACAGAGUUUAUCCUUUUCUUAAUGGCUGUAUUCAUUAUUGUUGGUUCUAUGAUCCCUACAAUCAUCUCCUACACCUACAUCAUCUCUACCAUCCUCAAGAUCCCCUCAGCCUCGGGCCGGAGGAAAGCUUUCUCUACUUGUGCCUCUCACUUCACCUUUGUUGUGAUUGGCUAUGGUACCUGCUUGUUCCUCUAUGUGAAACCCAAGCAAACGCAGGCAGCUGAGUACAACAGGGUAGCGUCACUGAUGGUUUUAGUGGUGACCCCUUUCCUGAACCCAUUCAUCUUCACCCUUCGGAAUGACAAAUUCAUAGAGGCCUUUCGAGAUGUCAUGAAACGCUGCUAUCAACUCCUCAAGGAUUAGCUGUGUCCUAAGGACAAUAAUGAACUCAUCAUCAUGGACCUGAGUAAUCUUAAAACACUAAUUCA